AUGCAAGAUUCAGACACAGGACAACCAGAAACACAAAACCGUAGUAGCGGCACUUCUGUAACUGUAGUUGUUCGUGUUCGUCCUGCAAAUGAUCGAGAAAAAUCUGUACAACAGGGAUCUUUAAUUAAAACGAUCGAUGAUCGAUUUUUAGUUUUUGAUCCUCCAGGGGAAAGAGCACAAAAGCAAACAUUUAUAUCAUCUCGCGGAAAUAGAGCAAAAAAUAUAUCAUUUGGAUUUGAUAAAAUCUUCGACGAAACAUCAACACAGUCUGAAGUUUUCGAUUUUGUUAAAAACAUCAUAUUUCAAGAAAAUGGAGGCCUACUUGAUGGAUUUAACUGCACAGUCCUUGCAUACGGUGCUUCAGGAUCCGGAAAGACGUUUAGUAUGGCAGGAACUCAAGAAAAUCCAGGUCUAAUGUCAAGAUCAGUAGAACAUAUAUUUCAAUCUAUUAAAUUACGUACAGGUCGCGCAGCAAAGAUUAGAAUGUCAUAUCUUGAGAUAUAUAACGAAAAUAUUCGAGAUCUUCUAAAUCCGACCGAUUCUAAAAACAAAGAACUUAAGAUUGUUGAUGAUCCUGAACAUGGAAUAACUGUUACUGGACUGAGCCAUUGUUAUCCAACAAAUACUGAUGAAGUGCUUCGUCUUGUACAAAUCGGUAACACAAAUAGAACCCAGGCACCAACAGAGGCAAAUCCAUUUUCUUCACGGUCACAUGCAAUUUUACAAAUUAUCGUUGAAAAUUGCGAUGAUGUACCGGGAAUGUCAACAACAUCGCAAAUUGGAAAACUUUCUUUAAUUGAUCUUGCUGGUAGUGAACGCGCUACUUCUAAUACAGGAGUUAGAUUACGAGAAACAGCAAAAAUUAACUGCUCUCUCUUAGCAUUAGGUAACUGCAUUACUGCCUUGUGCAAUGGAAGUUCGCAUAUUCCAUUCCGUCAAUCAAAGUUAACUCGAUUAUUGAUGGAUUCUUUAGGUGGUAACUGCAAAACAAUUUGCUUAUCAUGUAUAUCUCCUUCUUAUGCAACCUAUGAAGAUACAUUUAAUACUCUCCAAUAUGCGAACAAAGCCAAGAAUAUUAAAACAAAUGUCAAAAAGAAUACAGUUAAUGUUAAAGCUCAUGUAGCUGAAUAUCAAGCUAUGAUUGAAAAGCUUCGUACUCAGGUUCAAGAGCUUCAACAGACUGCUGUUAACAUUCCAUUGAUUACUGCUUACGGAAGAGCUUGCGAUACCAUACUUCAAUCGCAACGCACAAAGAUACAAUCGAUGCUUACAGCAUCUCUUCCUUCUCAAGAGCAGGAUUUACAAACUCGAUUCGAGAGUUUGUCAACAAUUAAACCAACAGAUUUUACAAGGAGAGUUAUGCAGAGAGUUAAUGCUUACCUUCAGGAGUCACAUAAGAACAGGCCACAAGUUCAAGAGCAGAAGAAAUGGUUAGAUCAAGAACAGCAAAUAAGAGCUCUUAAACUUGAAAAAUUGGCUCUUUCUGCUGUUAAUGAGUUAUAUCAAGCUCAAGUUGCAGUUCAGAGAGAAGUUAUUCAGAAUUUGUCUCUUAGGAAACAGAAUGAUGGUGAUGAAGUCAAGAAGCUUGUUCACAUGGCAGAGCUUGUUGAUGUAACAGAAGAACUUGAUCAACCUUCACCUUUUGUUAUCAAUGAAAUGGAUGCAAAGCCGAUUGCUGUGAUAAAGCCUCCAGGAAGAUUCCAAAGAAAUUCAAUUUGUUCAUGGUCAAGAAUUAAGAAGAACCCUGUUAAACAGGCACCUCAGGAGCAACUUCAAUUAGAAGAAGCUCCUAAAUCAGCUCGUCCUUCACUAGCAUUUCAUGAUUACUUCAAACAAAGAACACAACAACAACAGAGAACUCGACAACCAUUGUCUAGGAUUUCGAAUGUUUCUAGAGAUUUUAAUCAGAAGUACUCCACACUUCAAUCUACUGCUCCAAAGACAACAAGAGCUGUUUCUAACGAAGAAAGAUGGAAAUGA